GCCGAGCUCAGCGCGGCGUGGAGCCCGCCGGGGCGUCCGAGGAUGGGCUGGGAGUGCCGGGGGCUGCCGACAGCCAGGAGAUGAAUUAAAAUGCAGCACACCACGUGCACGGAGGACAGGAUCUACCAUGCACUAGAAAGGUGUCUACAUGGACUUAGCAGAGAUGCUGUCUCCAGCAGAUGGGCUGCUGGGCUGUGCCUGAACUGCUGGAGCCUGCAGGAGCUGGUGAGCAGGGAUGCUGGCAACUACCUCAUCCUCAUGGAGAAGAUCCUCAGCAAGGCCAAAGAGGUGCAGGAGAAGUGUGACUAUGACCUGGUGACCCCCCUGGCUCUGCUCUUCUACUAUGCAGUCCUGUAUGCUCCCCACUUCCCACCAGGCUCUGACCUGCUCCUGAAGGCUGCCAGCGUCUACCACAGCUUCUUGACCUGGCCCGUGCCCUACUGUGACAUCUUCCGUGAGCUGCUCACCUUCAUCAGCAACGAGCUCAGAGCUCCUGGGAUCUCCUUCCAGAGACUGGUGAGGACGGAGCAGGGGUUGCCUGUGAAGAAUUCCCAGAGCUCCACCGUGACUGUGCUGCUGCUCAACCCCUCAGAGGUGCAGAGGGAAUUUCUCUCCAUCGCAGAGAAGCUGAGCUCCAGUGAGCACCCUCAGCGAGCCACCCUCAUCCUGCUCCUCCAGCACCUCUACCAGGCCACCUUUGGGACCCGCUGCCCCCCAGAGAGCCUGUACCACCUCCUGAAGUCCAAGACCCUGGAAGAGCUCUCGGAGAUCUAUGCCAGUGCCACGGAUGCUCAGGAGAUGGCAGCAGCCAGCAGUGACCCUGACCUGGCCCGGGAGCAGCUCCAGACCAUGCUGCAGGACAUUGCUGGGGCAGCUUCCUUCCCUGCCAUCCCAGGUGAGGCUCAGCCCCACAAGCUCCACACCAUCCCCAUCCCCGCUGCUCGCUGCUACACUUACAGCUGGGAUCAGGAUAACUUUGAUGUCCUCAACGAUGUCCUCAGCAAAGAGUGCAGCCUUGCUGAGCCCCUGGCCUCAGAGAACGAGGAGGAGGAUGAAGAGGAGGAGGAGGAGGAGGAGGAAGCCGAUGGCUGUUCCCCUGAGCAGGACUCACUACUUUCCCCUCUCUCCACCAUUUCCAAAGACUCAGCGUACUCAGCGCUCUCAGAGGAGGGAUCCAAGUGUCCCUCUCGAGUGUCCCUCUUCACCACCUCCAAGGACUCCAUCUCAGAGCUGACGGUGGUCUCCAGAAAGUCCCUGAAAUCCUUCGUCUCCAGCCUGAAGGACUGCAUGGACAGCGGGUACGCAGAGGACAGUGACGAGAGCUCCCUGGACGUGACGGGGAGGCCGGAGCUGAAGGUGGAGAAACCCCCGCACAAACCCAGACACACGCUGACCACCAAGCUCUACAAACUCUUCAAGGCCAAAAGCCAGCUGGUCUUGAGGAGAGACCUGAAGGACUGCUUGGACACGGGCUCUCUCCCACUGCCCCUACGCCGGGCCGGGAGCCUCUGUACCCCCCCGGCCAAGCCCCGGGUCCCCGCGCGUUCCCGGCGCGCUCACUCCCUGCCCCAGCACCUCCUGAACCCACGGCUCCCGCCGGCCCCCUUCCUCCCUCCACACCUCAGCCUCCCCCGCCGGCCCUUCCUCAGCUGUGACGAGGACACCAAGGUGUCCACCCUGAGGGUCGUGGUCUUCGGCUCCGAUCGCAUCUCUGGGAAAGUGGCCCGAGCCUACAGCAAGCUCAGGCUGAAGGAGAGCACCUGCCCUUCACUGACAAGGUACUUCAAGCUGCAGUUUUUCUACGUCCCUGUGAAGAGGAGCUCCUUGGCCCCACUGACCCCUCUGACCCAUCCCUCCCCAUCCCUGGGGGACCCGCAGCUCCGUCCCCCAGCACCACUGGAUCCCCCCUCAGCUGGGUUGGAGAGCAGCACCAAUGAUAUCUCCCACUACAUUGGCAUGUUGGACCCCUGGUACGAGCGCAACGUUCUCGGGCUCAUGAACCUGCCCAUGGAUGUCCUGUGCCAGACUGCCAAGCCAGAGGCUGAGCCUCAGGAGGACUCCCAGGAGCAGCUUCCCAUCCUGGCUGACAUGAUCCUCUACUACUGCCGCUUCGCCACACGCCCCCUCCUCCUGCAGCUCUACCAGACAGAGCUCACCUUCAUUGGGGGAGAAAAGAUGACUGAAGUCUUCAUCCAUUCCCUGGAGCUGGGCCACUCGGCAGCCACCCGGGCCAUCAAAGCCUCAGGGCCAGGCAGCAAAAGGCUGGGCAUAGAUGGGGACAGAGAAGCAAUCCCCCUGACACUACAGAUUGCCUACAGCAAGACAGCCAUCAGUGGGAGAAGUCACUGGAAUGAUAUUGAGAAGGUCUGCACAUCCAUCAACCUCAGCAAAGCCUGCAAGAAGCAGGAAGAACUAGCCUCAAAGACAGAAUAUCUCAACCUGACCAUGACAGAGGUGGUCAAAAGGCAAAACUCCAAAUCCAAGAAAAGUUUCAAUCAGCAGAUCAGUGUGUCCCAGAUAAAAGUAGACAAGGUUCAAAUUAUCAGUCUCCAGUCCUCCUUUGCUGUGUGCCUGGACCAGGAUGAGCAGAAGAUCCUGCAGAGUGUAACCAGAUGUGAGAUCUCAGUGUGCUACAAACCCAGGGACAGAGACGUCUUUGCACUGAGAGGCUUCUCUUUGCCUCCCCAGGACCCUUCUGACUUUCAUUCUCUCCUGUGCUUACCCAUUGCCACUUUCAGUGGAGCACUGCCAUAGAAGAACCUUUUUCACCUCGGGCCAGAGCUUCAUCCAACACCAGAACAGGCUGGGGAAGAGAGAGCUGCCUGUCCUCCUUUGGGAUCAGACCCAUCCCACGAUGUGCUGCAGCCUCCAGUGUCAGCCUGAGCUGCUCCUGAGCUGGGCUCAGCCCAUCCUUGGGAAAUGGGAGCACUGGUGUUUCGCUCUGAUACCUCUCAACUUUCCUCCCGUGAGAUCUCCACCUGAUUCAGCAGGCUGCCAACACCAGGACUGAGAGGGCGAGGCAGGGACAGUGACAUUUUCCAUCCAGCAAGUGAUGCUGUGCCUGUAUUUGACAGUGGGACCUGGGGGGAGCUGGCAGGGGGGUUAUUUUGAACAGAGAAUGUUUGUGCUGUGUGGCCAGGUGGCCUUUGAUGGGUGCAGAGCUGUGAGAGCCCUACCCUGUGCACAUGCUCAGCAAGCUUGACUUCCUCACCAACUGCUAGUGGGUUUUUUUCCCUCCUAAACCAGGGCUGCACUUCCAGCUCCUUUCCCUUACCCCUGUCUUGGCUUCUCUCCUCCCAGCUAUAAGUGUGAGGCCCCGACCCAACCCAGCAAUGAGACCCUGCAGUUCUGGGAGAGCAACAACAUCAACGCGUCUGGCAUCGCCUGGGGAAGCCUCACAGUGACUGUAAGUGCCCCAAGCCCCUGCUUCCUCCUGCUGCAGCCACGGGGCAAACCUCAGAGCCCUGCAGGUGAUGUGGGCUUCAAACCUUGCUGGUGCUGCUUGGAAAGGCCUUGCUUCCAUCUCCUGGGUGGGUUUCACCUGCUUGGGCAUCAGAAGGAGAGUCCACCUCAUCCAGUCCACCCGCUCCCCAACAGGAGUUGUGAGUGUGCUCCUUAACCCAGAUGCAGGACGAGGUUUGUGACCAGAAGCAAGGUCAAGUGGGUGGUUAGGUUAUUGUAGUUGGGGUCUUCUUCAGCCAGGGUUACCCAGCAUUCAAGUGGAGAAUGUGUGUGGGGUCUGCAGUCUGGUGCUGCCUCCCAUCUCAUCUCUGCAUUCUGCACUGGGGGGCUCAGUGUCACUUCUGCAGCUCCUGCUGCUCAUCAAACAGGAGUUUCCAGCAGCAGUCACAUGGUGAUGGAUCUUGGACCACGAGCCUCAAAACCCUCUGGUUUUCUGCAGUUUCCUUGCUGCACCUGCACUGCCUUGGUGUCCUGAUCUCUUUCUCCAAGAAUCCAGCAAUUUACAUGGAGAAUUUCAUGGACCUGCCUGUGGACACAGCAGCCCCUUACACACCUAAUGUGUAGACCAGAAAUUCUUCUCAUUUUGCUAAACUUCAGCUAGAAAACAAUAACAAAACUAACAACAAGGAAGGUCCUCCCACUUUUCAAGCCAUCUGAUUUCUGUGCACUCAGCACCGUGGAUCCCAGCUGCCAGAUGCCAGCACAAACACAUCCCUGGAUGCCUGCUGGCAAGGCUUGGGGGUCAAUGGGGCCAGAUCACACUUCCCAAGCUCUUUGCCUGAAUAGAGAGCUCUUCUUGUGGCUAUUAAAACCUCAUUAGCUCCAGCUCAGUGAUUCCAGGAGCUGGAUUGAUCCCUGUGGAGGUGGGAAGAGGCUCAUCAUACCUAUGCAGCUCCUGGUCCUGGGGCUGUGCUUUUGCCAGAGACCAGCAUGGAAAAAACUUGAGGAGAGAUGAGAAAGGCAGAGACCACCCAGGAGGGACCUGUCUGAAGGGAGAGGAGCACCCCAAGGAGCAGAACUGGAACUCAUCUUGUUCACUGUUUGAAUGAAGGAAGCUGUCCCACUUUUUAGACAAUUACUGGCACAGAGGCCACAGGAGCCCAGCACCCAUCCCAUCCACCUUUGAGAGAGACCAGAACAACAUGGGAAGGAAAAGUGAUGGGGGGGAAGGGAAACACAGGAAUGGUGCUGAGCAAG